GACGACGCUAAGAUAAUAAAUUAUUGCAUUACUCUGCAGUGCUACAGAGUCUCGAGGACUCUAGAAAGCUUAAUAAUCCCCAUCUAUAUUUUACGGGAAGGCGUUUGCAUCGUCUUUGCUUUCUGCCCAUAUUUGCUCUUUCAGAAACAGACUCACAGCCCGCAAACGAUCUUGUAAUGUCUUCCGGGGAUGGCUCAGAAGAGGUCGACCUCUAUGUCACUUUAGGUAUCGAAAAGACCGCGACCAAAUCAGAGAUUAAGAAGGCAUAUCACAAGGCAGCUCUGCUACACCACCCGGACAAGGUUCCAGAGAACCAGCGUGAAGAGGCAGAUACCAAGUUCAAGAGUGUGAGCCAGGCAUAUGAAAUUCUCCAUGAUGAAGAUAAACGACACCUCUACGAUACACACGGCAUGUCCGCUUUCGAUGGAAGCAGACCGGGUGGCCCCGGCAUGGAUGGCGGGGUUGAUUUAGAUGAUAUUCUUCAGCAAAUGUUUGGCAUGGGUGGUGGCGGUAUGCCGCCUGGAUUUGGCGGAGGCCCUGGGAUGAAGCAACCCCGCCGUGGGAAGGAUGAGGAGCAGACCUAUGAGGUGACACUUGAGGAGCUCUACAAAGGAAAGACAGUGAAGUUUGCGAGCACAAAGAAUGUUAUCUGCAGCCACUGUAAGGGAACAGGUGGCAAGGAAUCGGUAAAGCCCAAGAGCUGUUCAUCCUGCCAAGGGAAAGGAAUGAAGAUUGGCUUGCGCCAAGUCGGCCCUGGGAUGGUUACGCAAGAGCGCAUUGUUUGCGACUCAUGCUCUGGCACCGGAAGCGUUUUCAAGGAGAAGGAUCGCUGCCGCAAGUGUAAGGGCAAGCGCACGACGUCAGAGAAGAAGGUUUUGGAAAUAUAUAUCCCCAGAGGCGCCAUGCAAGGAGACAGAAUCGUCCUUGAAGGCGAGGCAGACCAAGUUCCCGACCAGACUCCAGGAGACAUCGUGUUCACACUCGUUGAGGAAGAUCACGAUGUAUUCCAGCGUAGGGGCCACGAUUUGUUAGCAGAACUGAAGGUCACCCUGGCUGAGUCCUUGUGCGGCUUCUCCAGAGUUGUCGUCAAACACCUUGAUGGACGUGGCAUACAUAUCGACCAUCCAAGAGGAAAGGUUUUAAAGCCAGGACAGGUCCUCAAGAUCGACGGAGAGGGCAUGCCACACAAGAAAAGCGAUGCGAAGGGAGACCUCUACUUGGUUAUUAAUAUCGAGUUUCCGGACAACGGCUGGAUAGAGGAUGAGGCUUCAUUCGGCAAACUGGAGGCCAUAUUACCGAAGCCUAACGCUCCAAUUGAUGCCCCUGAGAUUGAUGAGGUGACCUUUACGGAGGAUGCUGACAUCGAGGAAUUUGGAGCAAGUGCAGGACAAGGCGGCCGAGGUGCAGAGUGGGAGGAUGAUGAUGAGGACGAGGGUGCCCCUCAAUGCGCACAGCAAUAGAUGACUAUAUCGCGGCUAUAUCGGCGAAUAGUUUUGUAUGUGGAUGGCUUACUUAGACGGUCAAGGUGACAUAGUAACAGGCGUUAUUAUAAUCUUGGUGCAGGGUUAAGACAGAUAGAUGACUACAAUUGAGACGCGUGACGAAGAUUUCUGCUGGAGGAGUAUUGAAUCCACUGUACAGUGAACUUGCCAAUUGAUCCGAGUGUAGUAAAUUGUGGCAUUGGUGGAAAUUGUAGCCGAUGCUGAAAGAACUAUGGCUUUGUAAAGUGAGAAAGAAGACCAGGGCAGAAGGGGAUCGUAUAUAGAUAUAGG